AUGGGUUAAACAUGUAAUGGCUGCUAAUGGUAGCACCAUUCCUCAGAAUCCAUUUAGGAAAUCAAUAUCAAAAAGAAACCAAAGAAAAAGGUUGAUAAACAAGACAAGUCAGAGAAAACUGAAAAAUCGGAUCAUCAAUAAGAAUAAAAAUAAGUUGAGAAGACAGAUCAUAGUAUUAAGAAAUAAAAAAAAAUAUCGUAAGGAGAUGCUGCAAUCAAAAUUUAAAGAAAUUGGAAGAAGCAUAAAAAGCAGAAAGAAAAAAAAAAAGAAAAAGCUGGUGCCAAUAUGAAAUAAUAGUAUUUUAAAGAAGAAAUAGCUAAUGCAUAACCUCCACCAGAUCCUAAUCGAGUAAAAAAUCCGCCAUAUAAGUAUACAACAAUAAAAAAUAGGUUUUAAUCAGGAGCUAUCUAUGAAGGAGAAUGGAAAGACAAAAAAAGAGAUGGAUUUGGAAUAUAAAAAUGGCCAGAUGGUGCCAAAUAUGAGGGAUAAUGGGUUGAUAAUAAAGCAUGUGGAUAAGGUAAGUUUUAUCAUGCUGACGGUGAUGUUUUUGAAGGAGAAUGGAAGGAUGAUAAAGCUAAUGGUUGGGGAGUGUAUAAACAUUCGAAUGGAGCUACGUAUGAAGGUGAAUGGAAGGAUGAUUUGUAACAUGGAAAAGGAAUAGAGACCUGUAAAAUUAAAGUUAUUUAUGUUAGGGUAGGAUAAAUCAAAAUAUUGUGGAGAUUAUAUUGAUGGAAAGAAGCAUGGAAAAGGAAGGUAUGAUUGGGCUGAUGGAUCCUAUUAUGAUGGAGAAUGGAAAGACAAUAAAAUUAAUGGAUUUGGUACCUAUAAAUGGGCAGAUGGUAGAGGAUAUACAGGUGAAUGGUUGGAUAACAAUAUGAAUGGAAAAGGAGUCUAUUAAUGGCAAGAUGGUAGAAAGUAUGAAGGAGCCUAUCUUAACGAUAAGAAGCAUGGGUUUGGUAUAUAUUACUGGGCUGAUGGCAGAAGAUAUGAAGGAGGAUGGAAGAAUGGUAAAUAACAUGGAAAUGCAAAAUAUUACCUUAAUGAUGGAACAAUCAAGGAUGGAAUUUGGGAAGAUGGAAAAAGAAUAAAAUGGUUAGAUGAUGCUUGA